CGGAGUUUACGCACCGAGCCACAGUGAGACUGACGGGCGGAUACGGGCAGUGUUUUACUUUUCAUUUUGCAGUUUACAAUGCGGGAAUCUAUACAAUGCCCACUCAGCUGACAGCAUGAAGGACACACAGAGACGUAGGCAGCUACAGUGACGUUUAAUUCACCGGCCGAGAUUGAAAUCUGCUUUAAUCUGACUCAAGGUUGCCUGUGAGUGAACUUCCACCAUGGUGCAGGAAUACCAGUCCCCUGUUCGGGUCUACAAACAUCCAUUUGAGUUAAUAAUGGCGGCCUAUGUAAGGAGAUUCCCAAAGUGCCCUUUAAUCCCAGUGUUUGUGGACAGUGAGAUCAUCAGUGAAAACCAAAGUGAGGAUGGAUCUACGCUGGUGUCCGAGAGGCGCUGCACGAUCGACAUUGAUGCUCCUCGACUUCUCAAAAGGAUUGCUGGUGUAGACUACCUGUACUUUAUCCAAAAGAACAAACUGAACCGCAGAGACAGGACGCUCCACAUCGAGGUCCACAACGAGACCUUUUCCAGCAGAGUCAUCGUCCGUGAGUGCUGCAAAUACACAGUUCAUCCAGAGAAUGAGGAGUGGACAUGCUUUGAACAGACAGCUAGUCUGGAUAUCAAGUCCUUUUUUGGCUUUGAGAGCACGGCAGAGAAGAUAGCUAUGAAACAGUAUGCUAGUAGCAUUAAAAAGGGGAAAGAAAUCAUUGAGUACUACCUCAAAGAGCUGGAGGAAGAAGGAGUGACUUAUAUACCUCGCUGGAGACCGGUUGCCGUCUCUGGCAGUGCUGGCGCCAGGCUCCAGCUGCCGCCCUCCUCUGCUGCCAGAGCCAUCCCGGUGAACACUGCCAAGGAUGGGCAGCCCAGCAAAGACCCAGCCUGUCCCACAGAGCCGGGGGCUGGCUCUCCUGAUGACAAAUUGGAUGCUGACUACAUCAGACGUUACCUAGGUGAUUUAACGCCUCUGCAGGAGAGCUGUCUCAUUCGACUGCGCCAGUGGCUCCAGGAAACCCACAAGGGCAAGAUUCCAAAGGAUCAGCAUGUGUUGCGCUUCCUGCGGGCCAGGGAUUUCAACCUCGACAAGUCCAGGGAGUUUCUGUGCCAGUCUCUUACCUGGAGGAAACAACAUCAGGUGGAUUUCCUGCUGGACACAUGGGAGCGCCCACAACUGCUCCAGGAAUAUUACACUGGAGGCUGGCACCACCACGACAGAGAUGGCCGUCCUCUGUAUAUCCUGCGUCUGGGUCAAAUGGACACUAAGGGUUUAGUUCGAGCCUUGGGAGAGGAAGUACUUCUAAGACAGGUCCUGUCCAUCAAUGAGGAGGGACUGAGGCGUUGUGAGGAAAACACCAGAGUCUUUGGACGACCUAUCAGCUGUUGGACUUGCCUGGUAGAUCUGGAGGGUCUGAACAUGCGUCACCUGUGGAGACCAGGCGUUAAGGCUCUGCUGAGAAUCAUCGAGGUGGUGGAGGCCAACUACCCCGAGACUCUGGGCCGUGUCCUCAUACUGAGGGCGCCUAGAGUUUUUCCAGUGCUCUGGACCCUGAUCAGUCCUUUGAUCGAUGAGAACACCCGAAAGAAGUUUCUUGUUUAUGCUGGAAAUGACUACCAGGGUCCAGGAGGCUUGGUGGACUACAUUGACAGAGAGAUCAUCCCUGAUUUCCUGGGAGGGGACUGCAUGUGUGACAUCCCUGAGGGAGGCAUGGUCCCCAAAUCUCUGUACAGGACAGCAGAGGAGCUGGAGAGUGAGGAGAAUCGCCUGUUGACCGACUCCAUCUAUAAGAGCGCCAGCAUCUUCAAGGGAGCCCCUUAUGAGAUGCUGAUCGAGAUCACAGAGGCCUCCUCUGUCAUCACCUGGGACUUUGACGUGUCUAAAGGAGAUGUGGUCUUCAAUAUCUACCAUUCCAAGAGGGCCCCUCAGCCUCCAAAGAAAGACACACUAGGAGCCCACGGCAUCACAUCCUUAGGGGCCGUCAAUGCCCAGCUGAUAGACAGGAACUGGGUGCUGGGCCAGGACUACAGCAUGGUGGAGAAAGCCCUCACCUGUAGGGAGGGAGAGAGUGUACAGGGCUCCCACAUAACACGCUGGCCUGGCUUCUACAUCCUCCAGUGGCGUUUCCACAGCUCUCCGGCCUGCACCGCCUCUAGCCUGCCCCGCGUGGAUGAUGUACUGGCCUCUCUCCAGGUCUCCUCCCACAAGUGUAAGAUCAUGUACUACACCGAGGUGCUGGCCUCCCAUGACUUCAGGGGAUCCAUGACCAGCCUGGAGUCUUGCCAUAGUGGUUUCUCACAGCUCAGUGCUGCCACUACUUCCUCUAGCCAAUCACAUGCCAGUUCCAUCUCAAGGUAGCAUCUGCACAGCAUGUGUCUCAAGGCAACAAUGACCAAAAACUUACUGAUAUCUGACUAUGUCUUAUAGUUUUUUUUUAACUCAUAAACUUAAAUUAGAAUUUAAUCAGACAAUAGAAAUGUUUAUUUUUUGUCAUUUUAGUGGGUCAGUAAUGUUUCAGUGAUCUUCUUUGUUUCUAGCGAAUGAUGUAUCAGUUUUUCCUGUGCCUGUGAUGACUGACUUGUUAGUUUUUGAUUGUAUUAUAUUCAUGUACAGUAUAACAAACACAAAUGUGCAGUGCAAAUGUGAAGUAUCUGAUUUGUAGUUAGAUACAUGUCCAUAAAGAUGACUUUACAGAGGAGUAUCUCCUGUGCAUCUAUUUGCUAAAUAAAUUCAAAAGCCUCAUAAACAGCACUUUUUAGAUAAGAAUCAAUGAGAGAAUGUGAAAUGCUCAGUGUGUCUGUCCCUGAAGUUGCUUUCUUUGUCCACAAGAUGUCAGUGCACUCUGUGCCUGGGACUGCUCUCAGAUCUGCAGUGAACUUAACACAUACGGUUUUUACUCACACACUUUGUUUGGUCUUCUAAGGAACUGAAAGGAGUGUUGUUUUAAAUAAAACAUUUAUCACACAAAUUAA